ACCUCCCCCUUAUCCAUCAGUAGGAACAGGUGCUGUAUUCAUACAUGAUGGCAGCAGUAGUUCUUUAAACAUAUGUCCCAACAGUCAUAGAGUAGACAGGCCUGCCCUAAGACAGAGCAGCCCACAAAGCCCAAGGAUAAAAACAGAAGCUAAAAUCUGGAUAAGUAGUAUCAGGGCCGCCAUACCUGGACUGUCGACCUGUGGAAAAGCUGCGUUGCCAGGUUCAGUGUAUGAAAUAAUGCACUUACAGAGCUUUACUCCAGAAGGACUCAGGCACUUAACAGAAAUCGUGAACAUGAUACAGAGGUUCAGAUUUGGAGAGACUCUUUCUGAUGCUGUGAUAACGCGGGGAGGACACGUUGCUCUACAGAAAGGGCUCUAGAUGUGAAUCAAUCCCAUGAUGCAACAUGUGUCCCCAGCACCAGCUCUGUCAAUGAUGGCCACCCAGAGUGUGCCCCCACCCCCUUACCAAGAGAGUCCGCAGAUGACGGCCACAGCUCAGCAGACUGCCAAGGCCCAACCAGUCCACCUCCCAGCAUCCUCUGCGGCAGCAAACCCUGUCCCUGGUGCUCCAAUUGACCCUCAGGCGCAGCUGGAAGCUGACAAGCGUGCUGUCUACAGACACCCCCUGUUCCCACUGUUGACGUUGCUGUUUGAGAAGUGUGAGCAGGCCACACAGGGCUCCGAGUGCAUUACUUCUGCUAGCUUUGAUGUGGAUAUCGAGAACUUUGUCCACCAGCAGGAACAAGAGCAUAAACCUUUCUUCAGCGAGGACCCUGAGCUGGACAACCUGAUGGUGAAAGCGAUUCAGGUUCUCAGGAUCCACCUGCUAGAACUAGAGAAGGUGAAUGAAUUGUGCAAGGAUUUUUGCAACCGAUAUAUCACGUGCCUGAAAACCAAAAUGCAUAGUGAUAAUCUGCUCAGGAAUGACUUGGGAGGACCCUAUUCUCCAAACCAGCCCUCCAACAGCCUUCAUACACAGGAUCUGUUGCAAAGUUCUCCCAACUCAAUGACUGGUUUAUCCAAUAACCCGCAAGGAAUUGUUCUGCCGUCCUCCGCUUUACAGCAAAACAGUCUCGCCAUGACAACCGUCAACUCAUCGCAGGUUGUGUCAGGUGGUGCACUUUACCAACCUGUUGCCAUGGUAACAUCCCAGGGACAAGUAGUAACUCAAGCGAUCCCACAGGGAGCAAUACAGAUACAGAAUGCACAGGUCAAUCUGGAACUGACCUCUCUGCUUGAUGGGGAAGAUAAAAAGUCUAAAAACAAGCGUGGAGUCCUUCCGAAGCAUGCCACCAACAUAAUGCGUUCGUGGCUUUUCCAGCACCUAAUGCACCCGUACCCGACAGAGGAUGAGAAACGGCAGAUCGCUGCACAGACAAACCUUACGCUGCUGCAAGUCAACAACUGGUUCAUCAAUGCAAGGCGGCGCAUCCUGCAGCCAAUGUUAGAUGCCAGUAAUCCUGAUCCGGCACCGAAAGCCAAGAAGAUAAAGUCUCAGCACCGGCCAACUCAGCGGUUCUGGCCAAACUCAAUUGCAGCCGGAGUCUUACAGCAACAAGGAGUGUUACCUGGGACCAACCCUGAUGGUUCUGUGAACUUAGACAACCUGCAGUCUCUCUCCUCGGACACACUGUCUAUGCAGCAAGCCUUGAUGGCAGCACACGAUGACUCGCUGGACGGGACAGAGGAAGAGGACGAGGAGGAAGAGAUGGAAGACGAUGACUUGGAAGAGGACAGUGAAGAUCUUCAAACUACAAAUGUCAGCGACCUGGGCUUAGAACAAAGUGACUCCCUGGAGUAGCGAAGUGUCUGAGCGACACUGACUUGCGCAAUAGAACUGAUGCAGCCUUCGCCUUGGAGUAUCAUUGGUAAUGACUUACUGCACCUGCUCGGGUGGGAGAGUAAUGUCCUUCCACUGCACAUUUGGUGGAAACUAAAGCACCAUGAUGGGACAUGAUCUCCCACCACGAGGACCUGGAAGCUGGAACCCGUGUGUAAUGCAGUUUCUUGUACCGUCCUGCACACAGAGGAAUGCAUAUUCUCAUCGCCCUUCUCCGGCACCUGUCCCGUGUCUGGCAGCGCCCACACCCCAGUCCCCGGCUGUUAUUUAAGUGACGGACACAUGUUUACAAAGCCACAUGUUGUGGCCCAUUUUGUUUUCUGUUUUGUUUUUUAAAGAACUUGACUUGUUUUUAGGUAAAGCUUUUUUCUGUAUUAUUAUGACUGAAUGCUAUUGAAACGUUAAGGUUUUAAGAUCGCCCUGUUGGGUGUAUUUAUAGAUAUACUGUAUAUACACACGUGUAUCUAUAUGUACAUUUAUAAACUUCUCAUGUCUAUAAUAUCAAAAUAGUUUUUCCCACCAACAAAACUGACAUUUGUGUGUACAAUUCCACCCCAGAUCUUUCAAAUGAUGUAAUAUUAUUAGACAUCUAUUUUGGCAAGUAAACUGUUUUAUGAAAUUUCCAUAUAAACAGAGUAUGACGAUUAUAAAA